GGGGCGGGGAUCGGGCGCGGCCGUGCGCUCGGGGCGGGGAGCUGGCCUAGCGUCCGGAGCUGCCCCGGCAGGCCCGAGCCUCACGGCGGGCCGGUCCCGCGCCAUGAGCCGGCUGCUGGCUCUGAGUUUGCUAGGCAUCGGGCUGGCGCUGCUGGGAGAGCGGUUCCUGGCGCUCAGAGGUCGACUUAAAGCCUCCAGAGAGGUGGAAUCUGUGGACCUUCCAAACUGCCACCUCAUUAAAGGAAUAGAAACUGGCGCUGAGGACAUUGACAUUCUUCCCAAUGGCCUGGCUUUCUUUAGUGUGGGCCUCAAGUUUCCAGGGCUCCACAGCUUUGCACCAGAUAAGCCUGGAGGGAUACUGAUGAUGGAUCUCAGAGAAGAAAGACCAAGGGCACUGGAGUUAAGAGUUAGCUGGGGCUUUGAUUUGGCUUCAUUUAACCCACAUGGCAUUAGCACGUUCAUAGAUGGCGAUGAUACGGUUUAUCUCUUUGUUGUCAACCACCCAGAAUUCAAGAAUACAGUGGAAAUUUUUAAAUUUGAAGAAGAAGAAAAUUCUCUGUUGCACCUGAAGACAAUUAAGCACGAGCUCCUCCCAAGUGUGAAUGACAUCGUAGCCGUUGGGCCGUCCCACUUCUACGCCACCAAUGACCACUACUUCACGGAUCCUUUCUUGAAGUAUUUGGAGACAUACUUGAACCUACGCUGGGCAAAUGUUGUGUACUACAGCCCGGAAGAAGUCAAGCUGGUGGCAGAAGGAUUCGAUUCAGCCAAUGGGAUCAAUAUUUCACCCGACAAAAAGUAUGUCUAUGUUGCUGACCUAUUAGCUCAUGAAAUCCAUGUUUUGGAAAAACAACCUAAUAUGAAUUUAACUCAAUUAAAGGUUCUGCAGUUAGGCACGCUUGUAGACAAUAUAUCCAUUGAUCCUUCGUCGGGCGACAUCUGGGUCGGCUGUCACCCUAAUGGCCAGAAGCUCUUCGUGUAUGACCCGAACCAUCCUCCCUCGUCAGAGGUUCUUCGAAUCCAGAACAUUCUAUCGGAGAGGCCAUCAGUGACUACAGUGUAUAUCAACAACGGGUCUGUCCUCCAGGGAAGUUCCGUGGCAACCGUCUAUGACAGGAAACUUCUUGUAGGCACUUUAUACCAGAGAGCCUUGUACUGUGACCUCUGAAUUGGCGUUUUUAUUUGUUUGUUUUGGCACCACAAGUGCAAUAAGUUCUAACAAAAUAAUCUUUUGAUGAAUUGCUAAUUCUGAGGGAAUUUAACCAUCAGUAAUGACCUAGGAAUGUACCAUAUACAUAGCUCACUUUUACUUCAAUAAGAAAAGGCCCCAUAAUUCUGAUGCACUUUUAGCAGCAGAAGAAAAUUUUAUUUUAUUUAACACUGAUCCGGAGAGAAAGAAGAAAGCUGCUUUCCUUCGAAGUGAAUGCAUUUUGCACAGAGGGGCUUUUACCUCAGUGCCUCCACCAUGUCGGAGUCCAUUGAAACAGAUCAUGUUAUGAAAAUGUCAGCGGCCUCAGUCCCAGGGAUGUGACCACUGUGUGUGUUCAGGACUACUGAUAGACGGCAUUUCAAUGUUUUGUACUUCCACCUUUGUUUACUGUUUUAUAACUUAGAAUUGUAUUAAAGACUAAUAGAAAUCCAGGUUUUUGUUGGGGUUUAAUACGUGAAGGAGAUUCUCAGGAGGAGAUCGGGAGGGAGGUGACUCCCAGGGGAUUCAGUUGGACAGGAAGGAAUAGCCAUGUUAAUUUCUCAGAAAAGCUCAAUGGAAAGGGGCUCUUUGUUGGAAAAAUAAAGUAAAACAACUGAAUAAAAUGAAAUGAAAUAAAAUAA